AUGGAGGACGAGGACUUGAGCAGCGCUGCGAUCGCGAGACGUCGUGAUGUGCUCACAAAUGAUCACAUCAAGAGACAAGGUGACGAGACGAUAUCGGUGGAGACUGGAGACGCGAAGAAGGCGUUCAGUGCUGAGCGUGAACCUCGCCAGUGUACGUACUGCGGCAAAUUGGGGCACACGGCGGAGCGGUACUGGACCAAGAACAAGGACGAAAAUAUAGGUGGAGCUCUACGCGCCGGCAACAAUGCUCGUGGACGCGGAGCCAACAACGUUUAG